AGGUCACGUGAUGUUUACUUUCAAGAUGGCGAAUUUAUCUAUUAUGUUAGAUUAACUUUUAAGAUUUUGUGCUCAAAGAAGGGUUGUGUGCAAAAUUAAGAUGUUCAAUACAGAUAGAUUAUGAAAUUUGUUAUUUUUCAUCAAAUGAUUCUCCUAGAUGGAGGGUAUUGGUUCAACAGCUGUUUAGUUCAAUUCGAUACCAUUACGAAGUCCUGUUAGGUGUACAGUACAGCACUGUUCGGUUUAUUAUUGUAGUCAAGUAUUGUGUGCAUCUCGACAUAAAAUGAGUGCUCAUUAUGUUGUAUCUUAAUAUAUUUUCGUGACUGGAAGUAACAAUACUUUAUCAAUCCGCAUCAAGCAGGUUUAUUAGGACGAUUAACAAUAUGAUUCGUUUGAUAUAACAGUUACAUUAUAUUGUAGGGCGAUUUUGUUAUCGCUCAAUCACUGGGGUCAUUAGCGAUAGCUCCAUUACAAAAGGUGUUCGUAUGUUUCCAGUGCUAACUUAUGUACUCCGAUCUUUUAAAUUUGCAGUAUUAAACAAAUCUUCGUCAACAAGCUGUAAGAUAUUUGCUAGUCGGACAUGUAACUUAGUGUUUUAGGUUACCAUUAAUAAUUAACCUAUUUAAAAAUGUAUGAUGUGAAGUCUUUCAUAUGAAAUCUAUGGUUUGUCAAGGAGUUGAUACAAUCCACGAAAAUGGCUACACAAGUCGAUUAUCAGUGGGCUUAUUCCAUUAUGGAUUCCUCAAGAGUAUCAACAUUUCUGAUAUCAAUACUUCUGAUUGUGUAUGGGAGCUUCAGAUCACUCAAUAUGGAACAAGAAGCAAGAGAAAGAGAAAAAGAAAGAGAAAAGGAGAGGGCCAAAGGACUUUUGGGUGAUGUUCAAACACUGGAUACUAUGCAAGCUCUUUGUCUACCAUUGGGGGCGUCGAUCUCGUUGCUCGUCAUGUUUUUCUUCUUUGACUCAAUGCAAAUGCUGUUCGCAAUCUGCACUGCCAUUAUUGCAACUGUAGCAUUGGCAUUUUUACUACUUCCAAUGUGCCAGUACGUUAUCAGGCCGUGCUCAGAUGGUACAAAAAUAUCAUUUGGAAUGUGUGGACGUUUCACUGGAGCUGAGCUGUUCUCGUUUUCUCUCGCUCUCUUCAUAGUCUGCAUUUGGGUAUUGACUGGACAUUGGCUGUUGAUGGAUGCAAUGGGAAUGGGUCUAUGUGUGGCCUUUAUUGCUUUUGUUCGUUUGCCAAGUUUGAAAGUUUCAACGCUACUUUUAACAGGUCUGCUGGUAUAUGAUGUGUUUUGGGUAUUUUUCUCAUCAUACAUAUUCAACACGAAUGUCAUGGUGAAGGUUGCAACAAGACCAGCUGAAAAUCCGGUCGGACUAGUGGCUCGUAAAUUGCAUAUUGGAGGUGUGGUCAAAGAGGCACCGAAACUUUCUCUCCCUGGAAAACUAGUAUUUCCUAGUUUACAUAAUGCUGGCCACUUUUCCAUGCUUGGUUUGGGAGACAUCGUUAUGCCUGGAUUACUUCUGUGUUUUGUAUUGCGCUACGAUGCAUACAAGAAGUCUCAAUUACUGCACCUCGCCGAGACUGGCGUUCCUCCUCCUAAACAAUUCAACAGACUUAGUUACUUCCACUGUUCGCUGAUUGGCUAUUUCCUGGGCCUGUUGACGGCAACAGUUUCAUCAGAAGUGUUCAAAGCUGCUCAACCAGCGCUACUUUACCUUGUUCCGUUCACUCUUCUGCCGCUUCUCACAAUGGCUUAUCUCAAGGGUGACCUGCGUCGAAUGUGGAGUGAGCCAUUCAUCAUACAUCCUCCAUCAAAACACAUGGAAGUCUGACGAAUCUUAUUCUGUCACUAAAACCUUUCUGAAUCGAUGCAGCUGUUGAUUGUCCAAAUCACAUUUAUUCAUUACAAUGAGAAACUAGAGUUUUGGCUGUUAUCAAUAGCCUUAGAUACCAAUAUUGUAUUUGAAACGUCGGCGUCUUGACACCUUCCAAUCCUAUCAUCAUUCACAAUACAUACAUGUGAGUAUGAUGAAGAAGCAUAGUUGAAGCUACCUUCUUACUCUGUAAGUUUUACAAUAUUAGAGUUGACUCUUCCUUAUUCAGACUGGAUAGUAGCGGAUUACUAGUGGAACUUGAUAACUAGAAUAAUCUACUAGAUGAAACUCAAAAAUCGUUUCCAUUAUUACUGAACUGCAAUGUUGUUUAUUGAUCUAUAAAUUACACGUUCGCUAAUCAUCAAGGGUUUUCUGUACCUGUGAUGAUAUCCAUAGUAAUUCAUCCUUUUCCGUUGCUGAACUGACGCGUCACGAUAUAGGUUGAUUAAUAUGAUGAACCGUGCUAUGAAAGAAGUUCUAAGAAAAUUUAGAAGAACUGUUAGAACUAAUUAAAAAACUGUUGAUGUCCAUAAGUUAUCAUGAAAUAUUAAUUCGUUUCUCAACUUGCAAAAAUUGGAUAAUUUAUACUGAUAGCAAACAUUGGUCAAUAACAUUGAACUAUUAUGCAUGUGCGUCAUCGAAAGUUGAUUUCAAUGGUGCAUGCAUAAAAAGAUCUUUGACUUUGAAUAUUUAUAUAGUUCCCUCUACCCAUCGUUUUUGAAGAUUGAAUAAUUUGAGAAGAAGAAAAAGAAAACUCUUGUUUAGAGUUCAUAAAAUUCAUUUUAGCUAAAUUUCAUCAAUUUUGAAAAACUGGAUUUAAAAGCAUCCAUUGAAUGGAUUUAUUUAUUCAGUGGCGUGAAACAACUGAGCCAAGUUUUGGAUACGUUUCGUAUGAAUGUACGGGUAAAUUUUUUUUCAACCUCCGAUCAUAUAUCAUGAGACACAGAGAAGCGGUAGGGAACCGAUUUUCACAGAGCUGAAAAUAUCGCUACAAACUUGACAUGGUCACUAGUAACUUAUACCUUCUCCUCAAACUCAUGACAUGACAUUGAGGGCAAAGCUUCCAAACUAACAAUGAUUCGAUCAUAUAUGCCAUAAAUUAAUCAAUUGUAUUCCGGCGAAUUCCCUCAUAAACAGGAUCUCAAAGUCAACUUUGCUAGUAAUAGAGGAUUGCAUAAAAUUACAGGAUGAAUUCAAUGAUAUCUCGUAGUAGGUAAAUUAAAACUACUGUAUAGGUUACAUACCUUUUGAAAAUUGUUGUUUAUUUCUCUUUCUCCUUCCAUCCUUAUUUUUAUCUUUCUAUCUUCUUCUCUCGCACACGAACAUUUUUCCUUUUGUGAUCAUAAAAGUGUUUUUCCCUUUCCCUUAUAAACUCUAUCAGUGUGGUUCUAUGUAUGCCAGCGCACAAAACUAGAUUUUACUGGCAUUGUCAGAUUGAAAACUUGUUAUUUUUAGUUCAAGAAUCAUAAGGAUUAGAACAGAACAGAGUGUAAGAGCAUUUUAUAGAGAACAUUCUGGCUACAAUCAGCUUCGAAAAAUCAAUGUUAUUGGGGAUAAAAACACAAGAUAAGAGUAUAAAUCAGAAUUUGAUGAGAAACUAUGCAAAAAUAAUUUUUUGUUGCAUUUUAUUUUUUGUUACCGCUCAAAAUGGAAUUAUUGAAUAGCUAAUAUUAAUAUUUCAUUGACGUUCUAUAACCCAACUAUUGACUACGCGCAUCGGUAAGCUUUGACCACCUUAGCGCGUGGCGUGCUCUCAUUUGAACACUCGAGUGAAUGUAUGAGGGUUGAAAUUCCAGAUAGCAUUGUUUCCGUGUCUACGUCAUAUUUUGAAAGUUUCAUGAGAAUUGGAAAGAAAAAUAAACUUCGGCGCUAAAGAGUUCAAUGACUAACUUAGGCCCUUUGUAAUUUGCCGUAUCAUAUACUACAAUAAUUUCUGUUAUUCAACACUUUGGUUUCAAGUUUAUUAAUUAAUGAUACUGUAGGAUCCAAGACUAUAGCCUCUCUUUGUAAUGAAUAUAUGUUUUGUGACAUUGUCCAGUCACUGGACAACUGGACAUCAGAAACAUCAUUAAUGCAGAAAACAUGUUCUAGGUAAUUAGUUGGAUGUUCACAUAUUGUAUUACAAUAAGAGUCUUCAUUAUUGUGAGUCUAACUGUAUCUAGUUUUAUAUUUUCAUUUUAUAUAUAUAUAUAAAUUUGCACAUUUUAAAAAUUUAUCAAAUAAGGUAACUCGUUAUCUGAUGUUAUUUGAUGUAGGUAGUGACUAAGCUUAUCUCUUCUAUGACACAACAUUAAGUUGCCUGGCCUUUAGUUUUUGAUAAAUUUCAUUCUCAAAGUAUUAUUUACUGGAAAGAGAUCUGAUUUUUUGUUCAAUAAAAUAGUGUUUUCUGAUCAAAUCUGAAAGGUUCAAUCAUUGACUGAGCAAGGUUGAAAUUGUCUAGCUGGCACUAGAGCACUGGUGACUGACUUUGGAGUCAAGUGGGUCAGUAAUCCUACUGAAAAACAAUGUUAAGAAAUUUAAGAUUCCGUUUGAAACGUAUGAGGAAUCCAAUCGUAUUUCACCUCACUAUACAAACCCUUAAUAAUUUACAAAAUUACCUCUAUGAGAAUCAUUAAUUAGAUAGAAAUACAGACUGAUUUAUGAACGAAAGUGAAGAUGAACAAAAAAUAAGUUGAUAUGUUAUAUAAUUAUCAUGUAGCCUAUAUGUCUACAUAAAUUAUUUUUAUUUAGUAAAUUCAGUUUUACCUGUAUGUAUAGCAGUUUAUAUUUUCUUUUUAAGAAUUUUGAUGAAAUUUAACAACUUUUAUAUUCUCACAAUUAAAUAGAUAAUUUCUAUGGUAUCGUGUUCAAUCUUAAAGUAUUAAUGAAUAUUAUUAAUAUUUUUAUAUCGGAAUAAAAUUAGUUGACUACAUUGUUAUUGAAAUUACUCAUUUAAUUUCAAUAUGUACAGAACUAUUUAUGCAAAUAUUCGAUCAAAUAUAAAUUUGGUAACCAGUUUGCAAGUUUAGGUUUAAAAAUAUACGUUGUAAAAAUAUACCAUUGCCGUCAAGUUGUCCCCCCGACUAUUGACACCUACUGGACCAAAGGUGCCAACUAGUCAUGACCGUAAACGACAACUUGACACCUCGCACCCUCGCGUCAGGGUGUCCCCCCGACUAGUUGGCACAACUUACACCUCCGCGGCGUAGGGAGGAGGGAUCAAGCAAUUUUUAUUACUGUUUAUGAUGUAGAAUUGAAUUCUAAGCACUUUUGGUUCAGUAACAUUUUCCCGUAAACGCACGGUUCGGGAGAUAUUCACCGUCUUUGCUAUUUUUAGGACAAAUUUUUUGGGGUUGGUUGAAAACAGAAAAAAUGAGUAAUAAGCCCUUUUGAUGACUGAACCAGAUGUAGAACACAAUUCUAAACACAUUUUUUUCAGUUAUAUUUUCCCGUCAGACGCACCGUUUACGAGUAAAUUGAGCCUAAUGCUAAGAUAGUUCAGAUAGUUUGGCUUCAUUUUCCAAAUUUCAAAUGUAGCCAGCCGGAAUGGUGAUUUCUUGUGGAGUGGAAUCGAGGUGAUAGGCUGUCGUGACCGUAGACGACUACCUGUACCCUCGUAAAAAUAUACUAUUGCCGUCAAGUUGUCACCCCGACUACUUGCCACCUAUUGGACCGGAGGUGCCAACUAGUCAUGACCGUAAAUGACAACUUGACACAUCACACCCUCGCGUCAGGGUGUACCCCCGACUAGUUGUCACCUACUUAAAAAGGAGACAAGUAGCCGGGGAUGGCUCACGUCAACUUGUCCCCUAAAAACCGGCUUUAAAAGGGGACAAGUAGUCGGGGUGGAACCUAGUCGCGUUCCCUUUGAAGGGUUUUGAAAAUCCAUUGCGAAAAUGGUCCUAUUUUAAUUAAUAGGAUCCCAAAUUAAACCUACUGUCAAAUUAUCCUUGUAAAAGAAGUAUUAAGCUGUUUCCAUAAUUUUCACCGACCCUGCAUUUCAAUACUACAACAGUUGUUGAUCAUUGAAAAGAUAAACAUACUGUAUUUUAUACGACGAAUUCAUUUCUUAUUUUAAUUGUAGCUUUUUUACUUUUCUCAAAAAUAAGUGAAAUUCAAGCUAAAUCGUUCAAAAAUCUUUUGUUAUUUCUAUUUCUGUGUUUUAAGUCACAGACUUUUUAUUCAUGUGCAUUAUACAGCACAUUGUAAAAGCUUCUUCAGUAUGUAAGAAUUGAAUUAUUCGAAUGUGAAAUAAUUCCUAAGAAAUUGUUGGAGAAGUUUUCAUUCAUUUUGCAUACAACUGUACAGUAGCAAAAAGUAUGUAACGAUUUUUCAGUGCUAAAUUAGUCGUGAAAGUAAUACUAGUUAGGAAAAGACUAAUUGAAACAGAUACUCACCUACAUUAAUUGAAUUGUCAAAAACAAUGCCAACUCAUUGUUGUGUCAAUGCUUAUUAUAUUCCGUUGAGAAUGUUAUGUUUCAGUUUUUAUUCAUAGUUUUCUAUGUUUCAUCAGUGUUACUUUUGUAUAUAUAAAUUAGAAUAUUUAAGGUUUUUUUACAAGAUUUUUUCCAUCUAGAAUAGUAUAAGCUACAGUAACUGGUGUUGUAAAUAUUGAUUUUGUUAAUGAGCGAGGUAAAUCUUGUGACAUUUUUAUUGAUGUAUAUUUCUAAUGUUUUCUCAUUAUAUCUCAUUUGAUUUGCAGGUAACAAACAUUUAAUUAUUCACAGUUAGUCAUUAUCAAUGUAUUUAUUUAUGAUUGUUGAAUUGCGAUGUUUGUAAAUUGAAAUGAAUUAUACAUUUUUAAUACA